CUUACUUCUCAUUUACUUUCAGCUUUACAUACAUUGGACGCUCACAACUUGGGUAUAUAUGGUGGGCAUGCUAUAUCUAUUGAAGACGCACCUUACAUGGCGGCUUUGUUUGGAGAUUAUUACGGUUUUCGAUAUUUUUGCGGAGGAUCCAUCAUCCAUGAAAGAUUUAUUCUGACUGCAGCUCAUUGCAUAAGGAGUAUCGAAGACACCUCUUCAAUAAAGGUUCUGGUGGGCUCCGACAACUUAGAACAGAAUUCUGGAGUCUUCAUAGACAUGGAAAAGGAGCUUUGUUAUAAGGCAUUCAUCCCUUUUGGUAACUUAAAUGAUAUCUGCCUAUUGAAAUUAAAGGAGCCUAUACGUUUCGGAAACAAAGUGGCUAAAAUUUUUCUUCCUGAUGAAGAGCUGCAAGUAGAAGAAGGAGCUCAGGUCAACGUUACUGGAUGGGGAUCAACUGACGGUAAUGGCGAUAGCGGAGGUCCGCUAACAUACAACGGCGUACAGAUCGGGCUAGUCUCGUACGGCGAAGGAUGCGGCAAGCAAUCCUCAGUGUACACCAGAGUGUCCAAAUACGUCAAGUGGAUCAGCAAGACCAUCAAGCAGAAUCUAUAAAUUAGUUUCCAGAGGCCAUAGAUGAGCAUUAAAUAUAUGCAUAAAUUGGCUGUCUCAUUUUCACCUGACCAUUUAAGACAGAAGAAUUAAAUAGCUAUGCGAUCCUAACGAAAUAAUGGUAUUUUUUCUAUUAAAUUUCCAUUUCGGGCGAAAAUGGUUUCGACUAACUAAAUCUUAACAAAUAAGAUUAAUUUUGAUGACGAUCGCUUCAGCAUAAUAUAU